CUUAAAGACACCAUAGGCUACGCUAUUCCAAUAAUUUCUCUUUCGUUUGAUUCUUGCUCGGAAAAGGAGUCUUUGAAAUGGCUGUCGCAGGAAAUAAAUCCGUUUUAUUCGUUUGCCUUGGUAACAUUUGCCGAUCUGUGACCGGUGAGGCUAUCUUUAGAAAGCUUGCAGAGGAGAAGGGUUUUGCAUCGGAUUGGAAGAUCGACAGUGCAGCGACCUCAACAUAUCAAAUAGGAGACGAGCCGGACCCUAGGACAAAUGAAACUUUGAAAAAAAAUAUGAAUAUACAAAGCAAACAUAUUGCUAGACAGAUAACCAAACAGGACUUCAAAGACUUCUACUACAUCUUUGGCUUUGAUGAAAGCAAUAUGAGCAAUAUCAACAGGGUCAAGCCUAAGGAUAGCACAGCAGAGGUUCUCCUGAUGGGAAAAUAUGGAAAGAAUGGGAAUGAGAUUGUCGAAGACCCUUACUAUUAUGACAAGGAGGCCUUUGAAAGGAUGUUUGAGCAAUGUGAUCGAUGUGUACGAGCUUUCAUAGCAGAGGUGGAACCGGGCAAAUAGAUUUAUUCUGUCUCCUUUUUAGUUAUUCAACACAUAGGGUAAUUUCAAGUCCGGUGUUGGCCUUGGUAUUGGUGUUGGUGUUGAAAUUUUGAUUGCUUCCCCUUGCUCCAAAACUUACCAGAGUUUGUAAAACUGAUCCAGGUCAUAUUAUUGACAUCUCAACGACUAGUGAGUGACUUUUCUGGACCAUCUUCAUUUUAUGUUUGGUGUUAUAAUCGUGUAAAAAUUGACCUAACACCAGCACCAAAAGGUCAACACCGAACUUGAAAUCACAUAUAUAGUGCAUCCUGUAACGAAAACCCAUCUUCAGAGAGAGAUAUCUCAAUGAAAUAUGUUUUGAAUGCAAAUUAAACUCCAACGUGAUACUGUUUUGUUACCCCCCUUCCCCUAUAAAUUUAUUCCGUCUCCUUUUUAGUUAUUCAACACAUAGAGUGCAUCCAGUAACCAAAACCCAUCUUCAGAGAGAGAUAUCUCGAUGAAAUAUGUUUUUGAAGGCAAAUUAAAGUCCAAUGUGAUAAGCCCAUAUACUGUUUUAUUACCCCCCCCCCCUUAAAAAAAGUAGUAGAUAUUGCGAUUCCAAUUCAUUACUGGAUUAUAUGACUGAAUAUGCCGUAAAACAGUGUUGAUAUAGAAUAAAUGUGUUUUAUAUGAUAAUGUUUGUGAUUUUAAAUACAUUUAAUUGCAUCUCGUGGAAUGGUAUUCAAAAUUGAGGAUAUUAUUCUUGCCUGUAGUAUUUUGUAUGCAGUCACUGAGAAUGUAUUAAAGGUUAGUGCUUUAAUCCUAGUAGUCCCAGGGUAUUUCAAAGGCUGUUAUUACUGGGGAGGGGCCAUUAUGACCCCCCCCCCCCGAAAUCUCGGCUAUAGGUCGGGGUAUUGCCUCAAAAUUUUGCACAAGGGUCAAGAAUUAUUUUAAUCUAUGAAGUUGUGUUGCUAAAUUUACAAAAGGCCUUUUAUUUCAUGUUUUAAUUGAUUGAUUUAUGCAAUAAAUCAUAGAUUUUGGUAUUUUGCACUAAAGGCAAAUAUAUCAAUAUAUUUGUAGGAAUAUUUUCUUUAAUAUUUACGUAGUUGCAUUGUGGCUUGACUUUAGUCAAGACAACCCUAUGACACACUUUACAAUAUAACUCAGACGAGUCCAGGGGGAUGUUUGACAAAGAUUUAAGAAUGACCUAGUGUCGCACUUAAAUGCUGACACGUACAUGAUAUGCAACGCGCAAUCUUAUUGAUCACUACGCAAUAGUGCACGUCCUCUUAGCAUGAUCUGACCAAUGCCUCCAUGCCUGUAAUAAUGCACGCAACUAGGCAUUUAAAUGCAACUCUUAUGGGGUGUUGCAAGAAACUUGCGAUCAAUUGCAAAUCUAUUUUUGGUCCCUAAAUCAACCGUAUGUCUUGUAGUUAAUUGCAAAUUAUUGAAAUUGAUUGCUAAUCUUCUCCUUGAAACAAGAAGUUUAAUCUGAUUUGCUACAGCUAACGUUGAUCUAUCAGUUGUAAAAUUGGAACAGAACAUUUUCAAUUGAUCGCAAAUAUUUUCUUGCAACACCCCCUAAGUCACAAAUCUUUGUGAACACCCCCCCCCCCUCCUCUUUCCCCUGUACUGGAUGAGUCUCUACAUGGUAUUCAUGUAUCUGUCUAUCAUUAAUAUUUUAAGGACUUUGAACCUUCUAUGUCAUGUUCGCAUUUCCCAACAUAAAUUGCAUGUUAAAUGUGUGUGCUAAACUUGAACUGUAUGAAUACUGCCGAUUUCAAUGUAUGAGACUUUGAACCUGUCUGGUCGCCAUGUCAACAAGUAGAAAUAACCCACAAAUUGAAAAGAUCAUUCUACACAAUUCAUGUCAGUUUUUUUUUUGUUCAGUGAGAAGCAAACAAAUUCAAUAAUAUGUAACGAGUUGAUUUUGACAAUCCUAGGCUUAACCCUAAAUAGACUGGGCUAUUUCGACGCUUAAGGAGACUGGGGGGGGGGGGGGUGAAUGAUCUCAAUAAAAAUACAUUAAAAAUGUGAUUUUGACAUUUUUUUUAAAAUAAAUUUAAUCAGAUGCCUAUAAAGAGUAUGUGAAACAAAAAUUAGCAUUUUAGGGGCAUUAUUUUUUUUAAUUAGAGCAAACUUAUGAUUUUACACAUAAAUUAGCAUAAUUAAUGAGCAUUGAGAUUUUUCGCAGAAUUUGAUGUUAUUGUUUCGUAGAUAAUGCCAUGGGUAACGCGCGUGCCAAUUUUCGUCGCGAUCACGCGAUCGACGGCUGAGAUCAUAAGGGGGGGGGGGCUGAAUCAGCCCCCCCCCCCGUCUUCUUAGGCGUCGAAAUAGCCCAGUCUAUUUAGGGUUAAUCAACUGUCAAUCUGGCUUUUUUGUCACUUUGGGUAUACAUUAAACUUUAUGUUUGAUAGUAGUGGGCCUGUAUUAUGCGAUAAUAUAAGCUAUUAUAUCCCUUACUUAAGAUCGUUGUAUUGAGAGUGUACACAAGGAGAAAAAGAAUAGUUUUACUACGAAAAACGUUUGCCAUGAAAUAGUUCAUUUUCCUUGCUGACGUCACGCAUAGUCCGUUUUUUCCCUAGGGAAAAAGUGAACUAUACGUUUUUUUGACCCCCCCCCCCUACCUCGCGAUUCGCGAGCUGUGCGGUGCGAUGCGAGCAGAGCGCUGCUCAGCCAGACGGUACUCUCCACUGCAUGCCACGGGAAACUUUCGGCGAGCUGCACUAACCAAGUACCGGGCCAGGUGCGCUCGCUGAACAGACGAUCCAUACGGCAAGACCUAUCAUUUUCUCAACGAUUGUUCUAUAUCGACUUAUUUAAAAUCGUUUCGCUGUAAAAUGGUAUGAGUGGAAGGGAUAUAAAACAAAUAUACAAUGACCCAUUCUCGGAACAGGCUAAAACUAUUUGCACUCAGGAACAUCACAUAGUACUAUUCUCCCUCGGGCCGAUGGCCCUCGGGAGAAUAGUGCUAUGUGAUGUUCCUUCGAUGCGAAUAGUUUUAGCCAGAUCCUCGGGUGUCAUUGUAUAUUUGUAUACUAUGUGAAGGUGGAUGACGCAUACAUUUUAUCAAUUUUUAAUUGAGUUAUUGACUCAUGUGAUUUCAGGAAAAGAAACAGAUAAUAUACACAAUACAUAGGAACAGUUAACUUCCAAUUGGUCUACUGCCAAUUCGUCCAAUUGCCAGCUUGUCUACUAUCAUUCAGUCUACCAUCAGUUCGCCCACUAUCCACAUGGUCUAAUUGCCAAUUUGCCCACUCACCAUUUCGUCUAAUAACCAGUUGGUCCAAUAGCCAUUAUACCAUUUGGUCGAAUUAGUGUUAAUUGUACAAAAUGAAUGAAAAUGACAUGAAUAUUAGACCAACUGGUUAUGAGACGAAAUGGUCAUAGACGAAAUGGUGAUUAGACCAAGUGAUGAUUGGAUAAAAUGUUUAUUGGACCAAAUGGUUAUUAGACAAUGUUGAUGGAUGGAAUGGCAUUAGACUAAAUGAAAGUAGACCAUGUGGUGAGUGGUCGAGUUGGCAGUAGACAAAUUGGCAAUUUACCAUAGGAACAACAACGACUAGUUAAUAAUUUGUCAUGGUAGCCAGAAAAAAUGGCACUUUAUUUGUAGUUGAAAGUUUCUCACACAGAUUUUGAGAAGUAUAAUCAGAAAUACUGGUUUGUCGUGUACUAUUGCUGAGCAAUUAUUUGUAAAAAUGUAGCUAGAGCUACGGAUUUGCAAAGCUUUAUGCCAAAUUGUAAUGCAUUUGAGUAUGUUUGAAUAUUUCUAUUAUGACAAUCAUGAAUGAAUAAAUAUGAUUGUGUACAUAAUCAUA